AUGGAACAUCUUCUCUUAGUUGACACCACCCUUUUCCCUCCAGUUAUCUUCCCACUCAUAGGAGAACAAUGGGACGGCGGGUCAUUCGAUGAGUAUCCUCAACGUCGUCAGUUCGACACUACUACGCAAAAAUUCUACGCUGAAGACGUAGAGACUAGUCCCGAUGCGCCCUACGCAUUCUACCAGACAUGGCUAUACCUUGGACUUGUUUCUGAUGCCUUCCUUUGCGAGGAUCCAAAUGAAGUAUUUCUGCGACAUGACGAUGAGACUGGAGGUUUGGUUCUGACGACAGAAAGACUUGGGGAGGUCGUUAACCAUUGGAAAGCGACUUUGGAUUCAAUGGAUUUACCUGGGAAAGUGGCUGAGCUUAUCAGGUCUAUCAAAGCGAUUCGAAAAGUGCACGAUCAAUUGAUGGAGGUCAAUGUUCCGAAUGGGUCUGAUCUAAUUUGGGCGGAAGAAAUCACCUCGGUGGGCGGGACAGUCAGGUUUGCGAUUGCACUCCUCUGCGAUGCUUUGGGGUAUUCUAUCUCCAGUAUGUGUGGUCCGAAUUUGGACCCUCAGAUAGAAAAAUACAAUUCGAAAUGGAGUCGAGAAGAAGAGAUACCUUACCCAAGUUAUCCCUAUUUCCGAUGGAUUAUUGGGGACGUCCUCGACGAAGCUAUGGACCGAUCACUACUUUGUCCUGUAGAGAAGGCCCAACUCGCGAAUUCUUCGCCUGCGUUUCUUUGUUAUUUACUAUCGCUCCCAGAGACGAAUAGGUACGAAGGCCAGCACGGUGAUUGUACCUCGACCCAUUGUGUGGGAAACAAUAUUGAUGAAGAGACAUAUGUUACAAAACACGUUGACGAGAGCUGUGAUUGCGAGCACGACGGGCCAGACGUCGAAGACGUCAAGAAAUGUUUGAGGGAUGGUAAUAUCCCCUCCCUGACGAUUUCCAUCGUUGACGGGGAGUACCAAGGCAUGAAAGUAAAGCCCCAAAAGGUCGAACAAGCGAGCAUCUGGAGAUUUCAUCAAGGGAAAUCGGGACUUGCAAAGUCGUUGGAUUACAUCGCCUUGUCUCACGUCUGGUCUGAUGGACUGGGAAAUCCAAGGGCGAAUACCUUACCCCGAUGUCAGUUGAAGAGACUGGCUUAUUACACAAACUAUACGAUAAAGGACGGAAGGGCUCGCGGUGUGAAGGGGAAUUUUGAGAAGGCAUUCUCUAAGAAACAUUCCUUCGCAAAAAGAGCGGGGACUGUUUGGGAGCAAAAUGGGGAUUUUGAGUGUGCCCUUUGGACAGACACUCUUUGUGUGCCGUUGGAGCCUGAGUAUAGAAAGUUAGCCAUCAAAACUAUGAACCAAGUUUAUCGCCAGGCUCGAUAUAUAAUGGUCCUAGAUGCGUCUAUAGCCCGUCAUGACUUUGCGACGGACGAAGAGCUUAUGGGUCGUGUUGUUCUGUCAACCUGGAUGCGACGCGUGUGGACGCUACAAGAAGCUAUCAUCGGAAUGGAGAAGCUUUCAAUUUGCUCCAAAGAUCAAGUUGUUGAUCAUACGGAUGCAUUAGAGCGACUGCGUGUCGUCGUCAAUGAAGGAGACAGGUCUCUAAUCAACGGCGUUCUUGAAAGCGUUGCAAUCCUUGGAGACGACGGAUUCGCAGGACUAAAUGGCGCCGUCUCAAUUAUGGAGUUCAACUACAAGGGGUCCAAGGUUCUUGAAGAUGGACAGACUUCCAGGGAGAAACAACUUGAGCAGGAACAGUUUGUGCUCUUUAUGGAGCACUUGUGGACGCUUGUUGGCCGUCGUGCUACAACGAAGGAGGAGGAUCGAGUCUUGGUGGCUUGUAAUAUCAUGUAUAAGGAUGUAGGUAAGGUUCUAAAGGGAAAGGGACAUACAGGACGCAUGAUAGGGUUACUUGACCAACUUGAAGAGGUUCCCGCCGGUACUAUCUUCAGAUCAGGCGAGAGAGUUCCGAUCGACGGGUAUCGCUGGGCAUGUCACACCUUCAAGCUUGGGGCCUGGGGAAGAUUCGAUUUUGGAAACCCAGGAAGAGUUACACCACAAGGCCUCCUGGUCAGGUUUGCGGGUUUUAUCUUACCUGAGAAACCUACCCAACCGGAUUUCCCUUUAAUGGUACAAUCCGCUGCUGGAGAUGAGUUUAGGUUAAUAACCUGCAGCUACCCAAAUAAUACGGGCACAGCUCUUACACCCGAAGAUUGGAGUGAGGCUAUCCAAAGAACUCCUAAUAAUCUUGCUAUCCUACAAUCUGAUGGAGGAACUUUUAUACACUCCAUGUUCUUGAAAGAUGGGGGGACGGUUCCUUGCGAACAGAGGAGAGCGAUUUUGGUAUCCAUUACGGAGGAAAGGGGUGAGACCAUCUAUUGUCGAUAUGAGUCCUUUGUGUGGUUGAGCAAGGCUCCUGGCCCCGAAUAUGAGCCACUUUUACAAACAACUUAUCCGACGGUGGUGACGAAUGACCCUCGACCAGCCAGUCAACAAUGGUGUGUGGCUUGA